AUGGGGCGCUUUAGCUGGUUAACGGAGGGUUCGAGUAGCUCUGACCAGCUGGCUACUCGAAGCUCUGCUAGGGUAGUCAGUAAGGACGAAGAAGAUGUGAGUUCUCAUACCAGUCGAGAUAUAAGCUAUGGAAUACCGAGCAGAUGCUACUGCGGUUUGUUAACUCCGCUGAAAAUGAUGGACCAUACGGACGAGCAUCCAGGGCGGAUGUUUUUUGGAUGCAAGAAUUAUAAGCUUGGUUUCCCACAUCUUAUGAAAUGGUGGGACGAGGCUAUGAUGGAGGAGUUUCUACAACUCAAAUGGGCCGUCGACAACCCUCGUUUUGGCUUUCGCCAACCUGAAUCUGAAGAACGCGAAACCUUGCUUCGGACUGAGGCAGAGUUAACUGAUGUGAAGAACCAAGUUCUGAAGAUGAAGCGUUUAAGAAGAGUCGAGGUGACGACGGCGGUUACUGUAAUUGCCGUGCUUGUCUGUCUCAUUAGCUACUUUGUAGGCGAUUUCGUUGUCUCCGCCGAAUACACAACCGCCGUCUCCGCCGAUUACACAACCCGCUGUCUCCGCCGAUUACACAACCCGCUGUCUCCGCCGCUUACAGAACCCGCUGCCGCCGGUUUCCAGAUCUUCGUUGGCGUUAGGCGUUGGGAUUUCGCGAACAACAGGAUGUCAAAGCCGACAUUCCCCAGGAGAUUCUACACCAAAGGAGGCGAUCCGGACGCAGGGAAAAGCAUUUCCAGGUGUAGCAAGAACACCAAGCUCUUCGAUAGUCUCCGAAAGCUCCUCACCGACGACGAAUGGAAUGAAAUCAGUGACUCCAGGAUUGGUAUCUUCCUAAAGUUCCGUGACCUUCAAUUCGAGUGGGCUUCACGGAUUGCGCAUGCCAUGCUCUGUUUCCAGGUUGUAUGCAAGAAGAAGUAUGAGAUAUGGAGCGCUGUGGGGGCAAAUCCGAUAAGAUUCUCAUUGCACGAGUUCUCAGCCAUCACCGGCCUCAACUGCGAGUAUGUUGAGAACCUAGAGACACCUGAUGCUCCAGCAACGGAUGCCGUGUGCGAGUUCUGGGAGAGGUUGGGUGUCAACGUCGAGGUAGGGCCUAGCAUUGACCAGCUGGCUGAAGCUUCCCGUAGAUCCGCUGCCGAGACACCUGUCAAGCUAGCUAGGCUUGUGUUGGAUUUGGAGAAGUUUGAGGAAUACCCGUGGGGCCGAGUUUGUUUCUUGCAGCUCAUCAAGUCCAUUAAAGGAGUGGAUUUGGAGAAGUCGGGUUAUGUGCUGGAGGGUUUCAUCGAGGUUCUCCAAAUUUGGGCUUUUGAGAGCAUGCCGAAUUUUGCAGAGAAAUACGGUGCUCCUCUGCCAUCUAAACCAUCACCACCGCUCCUUGCGUACAAGGGUAUUCAAGGCAAAAGGUACAUCGCGGAGGCAAUGCUGAAGCAGGUUGUUUUUAAAAACUGUGAGCUAGUCGAUAGGGAAGAAGUUUAUCCACGCUGGGAUGAUGAUGUAGAAGAUUUGUACGUCGACAACAUCAUCAAGGCAAUCUACGGGGAGUUAGGUGGUCGGUGGAGGUGGAAGCCAAGCGACUGGGACGAGGAAGGUGUCUUGGUCUCCAAUCACCCGCGAGUGGACGUGAAGCCUCCAAUAAAAGUGGAGGCUAGUUUCACAGAUUCGAAGAAGAGACCUCGUCCUACUCCUCCAUCGAACUAUGAUGAUAUCGAGGAGACGAUGCAGAGGUUGAUUUCUGACUGCACCCGGACCUUGUCUGCUGAUCUGAAGGCAGGGUUCCAGAAGUAUGACCGGCAACUAGCUGCACUUACCUCGACAGUUGCUGGUCUGGAGCGUAGUGUGAAGCAGCUGAUGGAUGUAAGGCUUCAGGAGCAGCGUAGAUCCGACGAUCCCUCUCCCAAAAAAGAUGAAACCGGCGCCAAAGAAGAUGAGACCGGCGCCAAAGAAGAUGUGACCGGCGCCAAAGAAGCUAAAACUGCUCAACCGGUUAGUACUGAUCCCUCUCCCAAAUCUCCCAACUCUUCUAAAGUGCAAGAUAAGCGUAAAGUGCAAGUUAAGCGUAAAGUGCAACUUAAGCCUGACCAGGAUAGGGUCCUUCGACCUAGAAAAUUGAAGACCAAGUAG